AUGAAAUUCUUCAGCGGGUUAAGGAAACCAGUCAUCAUAAAGAGAAAAAACAGUGUUGCAACAGAAGUUUCACAAACUGAUAGUUCUAGAUCUAAUAGCAGUUCUGCAAGUCCUCGUAUCCCUUCAACACCUGCAUCAUUAGCUCAAUCAACAUCUUCAUCGUCCACUAAUCAAUUAAAUUUCCAAGAAUUAUCAGACGAUGUCAUUGUGUCAUCUAUCCCAAUGAUGAAAAUCAUUAAUUCACAAUUUGAAAAGAAAUAUUUUGAAUGGAAUAAACAAAAUGACGCUACUGUUUGGAUAUGUUCUGUGGCAGAUCAAGAGGAUCGUACGAUUGAGAAAGUUUCUUUGGUAGGAACAACUUUUUACUUGGAGUUAGAAGAUCAAACAAAGACUAGUUUCCCUUUAAUUGGAGAAUUUUCAACAGAUUCUAAUAUAAUCUUUAAUGAGGAUUAUAUUAUGUUUUUAGACCCUGUAGUAUCUAUUCGUUGUGAAAACAAUCAAUUAUUAAACUCUUUACAAAAAUUAAUGGCAUUAUCAUUAUUUGAACAUUUUGCUGUGUACAAAUCUUUGACAGGUUCUCUUAUUUCGUCCAUUGGUUUAAGAAUGCCAGAUAUCAACAUGAUUUUAAAUUCUCAAUUCAAUUUUAAGGAUUGGUGUGAAAUAUACAUUCCUGAAGAAGGUUGGGUCAGAUCAUGGUGUCAUAUUAAUAAAAUGUCAAAGAAGUCAGAUAAAUAUGAGCCAAAGGGGAAAUAUCAAAUUAAAUUUUAUAGACAUAACAAAUCUGCAAGUCCAAAUUCUAAUGCUAAUCUUAUUUGCUAUAUUCCAGAUAGUAAUUAUGUUCAAGAUAUCUUUUUUUAUAAUGCAACAGAAAAUAAUCAAACACCUACAUCUAAUCCUACAGAGUUCCUAAAUAAUAUCAAGACAGUAAAACUUGUAGGUGACGUAUUAUAUCCUGAGGAAACACCUACAUUAAGAACACCAUCUACAAGUAGUAGUAUUACCAAACAAUUGAUUUCUCCGAAAAGAGAUGUAUCAACGAAAGCUGUGAAGCCUUCAAAAUCGUCAACAUUUAGAACUAAGAAAAAUGGUGUGUUAAUUAGACCUUUAGCACAUCAUGGUCUUUCACAUUUUGAUGCAAUGAUUAAAUUCAUUAUACCAAUGAUGGACGUUACAAGGAAAUAUGGUCGCCCAACUCAAUUUAUUGCCACAACUAAUGAAAUCAACUCUUUAAUGUUUGGUCUACCUAAAUUACCAAACACAAACUAUUUCAAAGAUUCUGAACUUGAAACGAUAAUUAAUGAUAAACAAAUGGAAUACUUAGAAAGUAACGAAACAUUGGCAUAUUCUAUGAAUUGGAUUUCUGAACAUUUAAAGGAAGCAUUCCAAGUUGACCCUGAUAGAUAUUAA